AUGCCCUCUCCUUCGCGCUCUCCCUGUCCAAAAUCAAAAGUCCUAGUCUUAGGUGCUGGAAACUUUGGUAGCUGCCUCGCUGACCAUCUUGGAGAUUCGAACCAUGAGGUCUACAUGUGGUCGCGCGAAGCGGAUAUCGUCGAGUACUUCAAUCAACAUCAUCGUAAUCCACGAUAUCUCCAGGACCAUGACUUCCCUAAGAACAUUACAGCCAUUGGCCCUGACCUUCCCGACGCGGAAUUGAUCAAACAAGUGGACGUGCUCCUGUUUGCUAUACCCACAGAAGGUGUAAGGUCGACAUUGACUCAACUUCGACCGCGAUUGGAUGAAAAGAAACUACCCCUCCUGAUCUUCGUCAACAAGGGCAUCGAGAUCGCUACCAAUGCCUUGACAUUGGAGAUCAUUGCCGACACGUGUGGCAAGGACAUCGCGCGCGUCGCGACUUUCAUUUCUGGCCCGUCCUUUGCGAAAGAGAUUGUCAGAAGACAGCCGACUUCUGUCUCGGUGGUGUCCCUAUCAGAAGCCCACGCCGAAAGAGCCUCAGAAGUCUUCCAUCAGCCAUGGUUCCGAUGUUACACAGGCUACGAUCCUGUCGGCGUAGAGUUGGCAGGCGCGUUGAAAAACGUGUAUGCGAUCGCGGCAGGGAUAGCCGAUGGACUUGGGUUUGAGAACAACACGCGAGCUAGUUUGAUAACUCGUGGGUUGGCUGAAAUGACACGGAUCGGGACUGCGUAUGGUGCCAACCCUUUGACGUUCCUGUCGCUGGCCGGGGUUGGAGAUUUGUUCCUUACGUGCAGCUCGCCCACGAGUCGCAAUUAUACUGUCGGUUACCGGCUCGGAAAAGGUGAGACGCUGGACGAAAUCAUACGAACGCUCGGCAGCGUUGCCGAGGGCGUUACUACGGCGAAGGGGCUCAAGGCCAUUGUGGAUGACCUCGGAGUGGCGGCACCCAUCGCGAUCGGGGUGUACGAGGUGUUAUACGAAGGGAAAGCGGUGAAGGAUCGGGCGCAGCAACUGAUGGAGCACCCGCCCAUACGAGAGCUGGACCUGAGGGAGAAGGCAGGUGGGCCUGCGAGGGACCUGAUGAGGAAGCUAGGACUGGAUUGA